AUGAGGCUCGCAUUACUAACCCUACUCCUGGUCGUCGCUGUUAGCGGAGGUUUCUUCAGUAGAAUAAAAGAAAAGACAAAAGAAGUAUUCAGCAAUGGACACCAUUUUGCACAAAAGCUGAAAAACGCCACCAAAAUUGGAUUCCAAAAGUUCCUCAUGAAGACGGGCUUGAUGAAAAUUCGCGAUAAGUUCAGAAAGGUGAGAGACAAAGCGCUAAAAUUGCUGCAGCUGACACCAGAGAUGUUAAAGUCCCUCAAAGAAAGGCUGAAGAAAAUGACACUGUUCAAGAGAGAUAAAGUGCAAGCUAACGGAGACACUGUCACUGAGAUCAACGCGAAAACUAAGGUUGACAAGGUUCUCUACCAAGCUGAUAUACUUUUGACCCCGUAA